AUGUUCAUCCUCUCGUUCUUUUUUGUGUCUCGUUUCGUUUUAGUUUAUUGUGAUACAGAUGAUCAUAUCCAAGAGUUCCUUCGAAACAAAACGUUCCACGAUGUCAUCGGAUUGAGUCAAAAAUAUCAAAGAACGAAGUAUCUCGAAUCUCAGCAGAAGCUAUCAGAUGAAUCACAGGCUCGUCUUGUUCUGGCAGAUGAAACAGUAAUGCCUUGUGAUGCAAAUUGGCAUCAGUAUGCGGAUAAUGGUUGUUGCUAUCGGGUAAGAUGA